CUGAUUCCAGUAAAUAAAACGUGGAAUCCGAUGUAUGUAGAUUAUUUUUAUCCGAAGAAUUUUCACAAGUAUCAGUAAAGUAAAGUACUCUCUCACUAUGAAGAAGUUUUUAAAUGUAUUCCAAAAAUCUAAUUGCAAUGUUAUUGGUAUGGUUCAUUUAGAUGCAUUACCAGGUACACCAAAAUAUUCCGGUAAUUUCAAUGAAAUUGUAGAAAAGGCCAAACAUGAAGCGAAUAUUUAUUCGCAACAUAAACUAGAUUCGAUUCUGAUUGAAAAUAUGCAUGAUGUUCCUUAUGUCCAAGAAAAUGCUUUAGGACCUGAAACAAUUUCAUGCAUGUCUCGAAUUGCAACUGAAAUUCGAAAAAUCAUCCCCAAAUCUAUGCCUUGUGGUAUUCAAGUUCUUGCAUGUGGCAACAAACAAGCCCUAGCUAUUGCAAAAGCAUGUGACCUUCAAUAUAUUCGUGCUGAAGGAUUUGUAUUCGGUCAUGUUGCAGACGAGGGAUAUACCGAUGCCUGCGCUGGGGAUAUUUUAAGAUAUCGCCGACUGAUAGAUGCUGAGUCGGUUUUAGUAUUCACAGAUUUGAAGAAGAAACAUAGCUCCCACUCGAUUACAGCUGAUACAAGUCUACUUGAAACAGCCAAAGCUGCUGAAUUCUUUCUUACCGAUGGAAUAAUAGUAACAGGAACAUCAACUGGACAUGCUGCCAGUCCCGACGACUUAAAUGCUCUAUAUGGAAAAGUUGAAGUUCCUCUCCUAAUUGGCUCUGGAGUGACCAAAGAUAACUUAAAAGAUUACUAUGAAAAAGCUAAUGCUGUUAUCAUUGGAUCACACUUUAAAAAAGAUGGUCAUUGGGCAAAUGAUCUCUGUGAAGGAAAUAUUCAAGAAUUUAUGGAAAAUCUUAAAAAAUUAAGAACAAAAUAAAAAUCUAAAACUCAA